GCCAUAUUAAUGAGCAAAAAUUUGUAUUCCCAUAUUGAUCUUAACCUCUCCACAGACGAUCUGACGGUUGUGACGGUAAAGGAUGUCAAGGAUGAGCCUAUACUCCUUGCAUCCUGUUACCUGCCACAUGAUGACGAGGCACCGACGGCGGAGGUCCAUAGGCUGGUAGCGGCAUCCAGAGGAAGGAUGCAGGCGCUAGUAGUAGGAGCCGAUGCCAACGCCCAUCACACGAUCUGGAGCAGCACCGACAUUAACCAAAGAGGUGAGUGCCUACUCAACUUCAUUUUACAAAGUAGUCUAGUGACAGCUAACCGAGGAGAGGAGCCUACAUAUAUAGGACCCACCUCAAAAAACGUCUUAGACAUAACACUCUAUACCGGUAGAUGUGCAAUGGUAGAGAACAUCUACUUCUCUAUAGCAUCUGAACCAAAAAUUAAGGUAGACGUUAGGAGAAAUCCCAGAAAUACGAACUGGGAUCUCUAUGUUCAAAUACUAGAGUACAAAAGAUUAAGACCUUGCGUGUUCAAUUCUCAUGAAAAAGUAGAGGCAGGCGUGAAUCUAUUCACAAAUGCUCUCAAUAAAGCAUUUAAUUCCGCGUGUCCGACUAUACGAGUAAAGCGCAAAACGAAGCCUCCUUGGUGGAAUAAGGAGCUCGGAUUGCAUAGACGAAUGGUACGUGAUAUGUUCCACUGGGCCAAACUAGCAGAAAGUGAGGACUGUUGGAACGAGUACAAGGAUCUUUUAAGGGACUACAAAAAGUUGAUGCGCAGGACCAAACGACAGUCCUGGAUAAACUUUUGUAGCAGCUUGGAUAAGACCAACUAGGUAGCGAGGCUCAGGAAGCUACUAUCCAAAAGCCCUGCCCCGCUUGGUCUAAUUCGCAAAGAGGACAGGGAGUGGACGGAUAACUGUAAGGAUUCAUUAGAAGACCUUUUCAAUGUGCACUUCCCGGGCUGCAAGAACACGGCUAGUCCCAUUAACGAAGGGAACAGGGCUGUAAGUGUACCCGAAAAUAUUAUAACAGAACGGAGGAUAUAAUCGGCAAUCCAGUCCUUCGACGCAUUUAAAUCACCCGGUACGGAUGGAAUUAUUCCUGCCAUGCUGCAAAAAGCUCAAUGGUUGGUUGUGCCGUGGUUAAAAACGAUUUUCAGGGGGUGCUUGAGGUUCGGCUAUGUACCGCAUUCAUGGAGAGAGGCUAGGGUUGUGUUUAUACCAAAGGCAGGUAAAAACAACCCAACCUACUCGAAAGAAUUCAGACCCAUAAGCUUAACUUCCUUCCUCUUGAAAACGCUAGAGAAAAUACUAGAUGCGCCUAUCAGAGAUGCAGCGCCUCCCGGCAGCUUGUCUAAAGUGCAACAUGCUUACACAAAAGGCAGAUCCGUAGAGACUGCACUCCAUUCUCUGGUACUCAGCAUCGAAAAAGCCUUGGAAUAUAAGGAAUAUGCCCUCGGAGCUUUCCUGGACAUCUCCGGCGCUUUUAACAACGUGUCAACGGAAGCCAUUCUGAACAGUAUUGAGUCAAUAGGCGUUGAGACUGCAAUACAACGGUGGGUCAAAAGCCUCUUGACUUCAAGAAGGAUAAUAGCAGAAUGGAAUGAUGCCAGAAUGACCAAGGAGGUCCGCAGGGGUACCCCACAAGGUGGGGUGUUAUCUCCGCUCCUAUGGACAUUAGCCGUGAAUAAACUAUUAAGGAAGUUGGACGGCAAAACCCCUAAGAUAGUAGCAUAUGGGUUUUGCCAAUGAGCUAGAGGGCAAAGCAGUUGCAGUAUUUUUUGACUUACCGGCACCUCAGUUGGCCGUGCCAUUAGCAGCUAAAACACAGAAAUUAAAAGGAGGACUUUUUUGAUUAAUUUUCACCUUGUAUUGAGCAAUCAUAACGUUGUUGUAUCGCUUUACAAGGACAUGGAUUCACAGACAUUAGUUCAAUGGAAAUACUACAGCAAGAGCAUGGAUGUUAAGACUAGAACGUUGCCAGUGCUAGAUUUAGAAUUCCUGAAACAUAAGGUAAUUAUUACCAACUUUUAUGUUGUAAAAAUUCUAAUUUUACUUUAUAUUUUACAGAAACCCUCCUCCCAGAAAAAGGACGAAUCUAGUACUAAUGAAAUUAAUGAAAGAACAGAUCUUCCAAAUCUCCUAAAGAAACCAAAAUAGUCCUCACAUAAUGUGCGCAGCUUACACUUCCAGGCCGCUCGGGGUAUUUGACAUUUGCUACUCUUCCUCCAGUCUUUGUCAGAUAGCAAAAAUUGUUCAAAUAUUCAAUACGUUUUACAUAUGUAUAUAUGUAGUAUGAUAAUA